CAUGUUAGUUCAAACAUCUUAAGAAGUGGUUAUGAAGGAAAUUUUUAGCCUGAUUUUCUCUUAACAGAAAAUAGAGUGAGAACUAAGGAUGACAUUCCACCCCAAGCUCUUACCCAAAAGAUUAUAAAGAGCAAAUGUUCAAACACAUUGAACAGUGGUGGUAGAGGCAAUUUUCAGCAUGAUUCUUUAUUAGCAGAAAAUAUGGUGAGAACUAAGGACGACAUUCCACCUCAAGAUCCUAAACAAAAUAAGAGAAAGGGCAAACCAUGUAAACUCGCGAUCGGUUCCAUUGAAAAUAUUGUUGCUCAUGGUACGGUGUAUGAGAGAAUUGAACACAAUGAAGCCAUUCAUACAGUGCCAUUAGGAGAAUCCAAUGUACGUGUGUCUGUUAAAGUUGUUAUUCAAAAAGAUGCCCCUCUUCCUAUACCUAUCCCAGAUGAGAUGCUUAUUGUUGGAGAAGCAGUGGGAUUUUUUGUUGCUUGGCCCAAAAAUCUUGUAUUGGUCAGUGAUGAGGGAGCUUCAAUUAAUGUUGAAUGUGGAAAAUAUCAAGAGUCCAUUCAAUCUUUUGUUUCAUUAGUUGAGCAUAUCAAGUAUGAUGAAGCCAUAGACAUUCCACUAGAGAAAGACAUAUUUGGGGAGGAGAUCAAUGUCCAACUUCAAAAAGUAGACAUGGAGUACAUAUGUCAUGUAAAAGAAUUAUCUGUUACAUGUAUCAUGUUGUACAUAAGUCAUCUCCAUCAAGUGUUGAAGGCUUCCAAUUGGAGGAAACAAUUUGUGUUUGUUAACCCUUGUGUCGUUAGCGGAAAAACUAUGGCUGAGGAGAAAUCAAAAUCAGUGUUGCUUGCAAGAAGAUUAGAGGACGCUAUGCUAGAACAAUUGGUUUUAAUUCCUUAUAAUAUUGGGUACCAUUGGAUAUUGUUAGUCAUUGAUCUAACAUUGAUGAUUGUGUACUUACUUGAUCCGAUUAAUUCUAAAAUAAACACAAGCUCUGAAAUUGUAAUAAACACUGCUUUGAAAAUUUAUGAAACUACCCAAAAGAAGAGGAGGACCAAUCCAGUUUGGAAAGUAGUUCAGUUCAAUGGAAAAAAACUUACACGGAAACCGAACUUGAUAAAGUGCGAGUUGAAUAAGUGGAUAUUGGGCUCGUAUUUGAUUGUCAAUUUCCGACGUAGCUUCUCCGACACGAUGAUUUUUCCACAGGACUUUUACAAGAGGUAUAGUCUUGUUUCAGAGAAUUUGAUCAUUGCGGUCAAGGAUCUGCACCGGUUGCUCUUUAUAAGGGAGAUUUGGUUGAACUUCCAGGUGCUCUUGAUUAAUGACAUGUUCUGA